AUGUCUCAAUGCCCAACUGCCAGCACCACUGCCUCCACAGUCUUGGAUUCACAGCCUUCAGGGCUGUUGGAUGCCACCCAUUAUGUCUCCCAGAUUGCAUCUACUGUGUGGCAGAGUCAAGAGCUGCCUCUGUCACAGCUCACUCCCAGGGCCCUCAAAAGAAGGUUGGAUCUGGACUCCCAAAAAGAAGGAGAUUCAAACUUUGCUUGCUAA